AUGACAGAGCCGAUAAUAAGUAUAACAGAUGAAGAAAUACACACUAUAGAAAGAGCAAAAUACCUAGGAGUGAUAUUUGGAAGGAGUUGUAGCUUUGCGGGAUAUAUAGAAGCAGUAACCAGUAGAGCGGAAAGGAAAACGAUGCAGCUAACCAAGUAUGGGAGAACCGAGGCCACAAUCUGGGGGAAAGUAACUGAAAUAGAAAGAAACGCGGACAGAUUGAGGAGACUACAGAGAAAGAUAGCCUUGAAGGUCUCUGCCGGAUAUCGGACCACAUCCACUGACACGCUGCUAGUGGUAGCGGGGAUGCCCCCGAUCGAACUGAUAGAAGAAGAGAGGAGGCUAUGGAGUCAAAGCAAUAAUGGGAAAUGGACGAGGAAACUGAAACCAGACGCGACACUAUGGUAUUGCCAUGGAGAUUCUAACCAGUACCUCCACAGAAUAGGGGAGAUUCCCAGCGAUGUGUUAGUGUGGAAGCGAAAUAGAGACAUCAGAGCAUCUAUUUCUAGAAUGCCAAAGAUGGCGUAG